AUGGGAUAUAUAGAGAUGAGACAUUACAAGGAAAUAAAUCUUAUAGCUAUACCCGAUCAAAAUUCAACAAGUCCACAAUGCCCAGAUAUGUGGAUACCAUUCAAGGGAUUUUGCUAUCUAUUUGUGGACGAACAAUAUACAUUCGACGAUGCUAAGCAUAUGAAAGGUGUCUUUUAUUGGAUAGGCCUCACUGAUAUUGACGAAGAGGGAAUAUUUAAAUGGUACGAUACAGACGAGGUGGCCUCGUUCACUGAUUGGGGUCCAAGCCGACCUAAUAACGGCUUAGGAAAACAAGACUGUGGUUUUAUACAUCCUGGCUUAGAUUUCAAGUGGGAUGAUUACGACUGUGGGACACGACAAAAAUCUGUAUGUGAAAAGACAGCCAAGUGACACGUUGAUUUUAUUAAUAUGGCACUAAAACAAUAAUAUUGUUCUAUAAAUGUACAUCAAUAUACAGUUAUCUUGUGAGCAUUUGGCCCAUGAACUGUUCUAAACGGCCGUUUAGCCGAUGGUAAAAGUUCUUAAUAUCCUUCCCGAUAUUAGGGGACAACAGUUUUGAUUGCUAAAAGCUAAAGCAUGAAAUAACUCUUUCGAGACCUAUGUAACUGAAAAUAAACUCCAAAGAAAUAGUUGGUUUAGGUCCCAUGCAAUGUCUAAAAAUUGACAUCAAUAAAAUAAAUGUUUUAUGACCUAUGCAACUUCUGAAAAUUAAACCGAGGUUUAAUUAAUUUAUGUAAUAAUUGUUAAUAAAGUAUACAGUGCUUUUUCUAUUUCAUUA